AUGCGUCUGCUGGCCCUUGGCUAUGUUCUUGUAUUUGCACUUUUUCUUCAUCGACAUUCCCGUGUUAUGUUACAGCCCCUCACGACUUCACAGGAUUCCUCUGCUCGAUGUGGAACCCCGGCAUACGAAAGCACUGGACAAACAGUUGCUAGAUGGAUCGCGAAUUUCUCUCCAUUUGUUGGUCUUAUACACCUAGUGUUAGGGGAGACGCUGAUACCACGAAACCUCGGGAAGGAGGGGGAUGGGAUUAUUAGAUCCUGGGAAGAACAGAUGGAGGCAUUCAGGUUGAAGCUUGAUUUUACGAAGACCACAAUUGAUAGUAUACAGACUCAGGCCGAGGCCAAUUGGCCGAGUGAUGAAACUCUGACGCUAAUUCUUGGAAUAUUUAUGAACUACCCUGAAGGUGUUGGUACGAAGCUUGCUUGGUUGAAGGAUACGCUUACUUCAACCCGGGCAACCACGAAAAGUGUCUUGUUUGAAACCAGAGUGUUAGCGAGUGACCAUAGUGCAACCAGGGUCGCUAUCGAGAGGAUUGAAGCGAGGCAAAUUGAGGAAAUGCAUGCGGCUGCUGCUGACAGACAUGCUCGGAGGAGAAUGGAGGCGAAAUUUGACCGGAUCUGUCCGUUCAUUCCUGCUCCGGUGAGGUGUCAAGCAAACCCACCAGUCGGGCAGCGGCGCAGGCUUGUCCGGCGUCCGGCGCCCCGACUAGCGGUGCACCGGUACGGACGGGACAGUUAUAGCAACCUUAACGAGUUUCAAACGGCCGGGGUAUAA